AUGGCACAAAAACCUGAACCUGAACCCAUCCCUGCAACUUCUUCUCUUUCUUCUUCCUCUAUUCCCGUACCUUCCGUCGAGCAAGACAUGGCUACCAAGUCCACCAUGAUUCCUGCAACUUCUUGGUUUACGCCUAAGCGGUUACUGGCUAUAUUUUGUGUGAUUAACAUGCUGAAUUAUUUGGACCGUGGAGCUAUAGCUAGCAAUGGUGUUAAUGGACACCGUGAAACAUGCACAGGUGGUACCUGCAAGUCUGGUUCAGGAAUACAGGGUGAUUUUAACUUGAACAAUUUUGAGGAUGGUGUUCUAUCAUCUGCUUUUAUGGUUGGACUUCUUCUGGCUUCUCCGAUAUUUGCAUCUCUGUCAAAGAGUGUAAACCCUUUUAGGCUUAUUGGAGUUGGAUUGACAGUUUGGACUAUUGCAACUCUAUGUUGUGGCCUUUCUUUUGAUUUCUGGUCCAUUACAUUCUGCCGCAUGCUCGUUGGUGUUGGUGAGGCUUCAUUUAUUAGUCUCGCAGCACCUUUCAUUGAUGAUAAUGCCCCAGUUGCACAGAAAACAGUGUGGCUUUCAAUAUUUUACAUGUGUAUACCAGGGGGAUAUGCACUUGGCUAUGUCUAUGGUGGUUUGGUUGGAAGCCAUUUUGGUUGGCGUUAUGCAUUUUGGGUGGAGGCUAUAUUGAUGCUUCCAUUUGCUAUUUUGGGGUUUGUUAUGAAGCCAUUGCAGUUGAAAGGUUUUGUCCCUGCUGAUUCAAAGAAAGUGUCGGCACUGGAGACAGUUCCUUUGGGAGUUCAAGAUGUGGAGGCUUCAAAUGGAAACAAUGAAUCACAUGAACCUUCCAAGCCAAAAUGCAGAUGCAAAGUAUUAAAUCAGGUCUCAAUAUUUCUGAAAGAUAUGAAAGCACUUUUGUCCGAAAAGGUUUACGUCGUCAACGUUCUAGGUUACAUAGCAUAUAACUUUGUCAUAGGUGCUUACUCGUAUUGGGGCCCCAAAGCUGGUUAUAGUAUAUAUAACAUGACUAAUGCAGAUAUGAUAUUUGGAGGGAUUACAAUUGUAUGUGGAAUAUUGGGCACUUUAGCAGGAGGCUUUGCUCUUGAUUACAUGACCAACACCCUAUCAAAUGCAUUUAAGCUUCUCUCAUUUACAACAUUUGUUGGUGGUGCAUUUUGUUUCGGUGCCUUCGUAUUUAAAAGCAUGUAUGGCUUCCUAGCUUUUUUUGCUAUCGGCGAACUACUUGUUUUUGCCACUCAGGGUCCUGUGAAUUAUGUAUGUCUCCAUUCUGUUAAACCAAGUCUGAGGCCACUAUCAAUGGCUAUGUCUACCGUUGCUAUUCAUAUCUUUGGAGACGUACCUUCCUCGCCUCUUGUCGGAGUUGUCCAGGAUAGUAUUAAUAACUGGAGAACUACCGCGUUGAUUUUAACAACAAUAUUUUUUCCAGCAGCUGCUAUAUGGUUCAUAGGAAUAUUCUUGCAUAGUGUGGAUAAAUUUGAUGAAGAAAGUGAGCAUCAAGUAUCAAGAGUAGUAGGGACAAGUACAACCACCGCGCCAUUGCUCGAAGACAAGACCAGGGAAACCCUGCCGUUUUCUCAAUCCUAA